GUCCCGGGGUUUGCGGAAGUGCGCGGGAGAAACCGGGAGACGCGGAAGGAGCGGGCCCCCGCCGCCGCCAUGGACUUGCUGUUUGGGCGCCGGAAGACGCCGGAGGAGCUGCUGCGGCAGAACCAGCGGGCGCUGGCUCGGGCCAUGCGGGAGCUGGACCGUGAGCGCCAGAAGCUGGAGGCGCAGGAGAAGAAGAUCAUCGUCGACAUCAAGAAGAUGGCCAAGCAGGGGCAGAUGGACGCAGUGAAGAUCAUGGCGAAGGACCUAGUGCGGACGCGGCGCUACGUGAAGAAGUUCAUCACCAUGCGGGCCAACGUCCAAGCCGUGUCCCUCAAGAUCCAGACCCUCAAGUCCAACAACUCCAUGGCCCAGGCUAUGAAAGGCGUCACGAAGGCUAUGGCCACCAUGAACCGGCAGCUGAAGCUGCCGCAGAUCCAGAAGAUCAUGAUGGAGUUUGAGAAGCAGGCGGAGAUCAUGGACAUGAAAGAGGAACUGAUGAAUGACGCCAUCGACGAUGCCAUGGGAGACGAGGAUGAUGAGGAGGAGAGUGAUGCAGUGGUGUCGCAAGUGCUGGACGAGCUGGGGCUGACCCUCACCGACGAGCUGGCCACGCUGCCCCCGCCGGGGGGGUCGCUGGCGGCGGGAGAGGGCCGGGCCCCCGAGGCCGCCGCUGCGCUGGCCGACGCCGAUGCCGACCUGGAGGAGCGGCUCAAGAACCUGCGCCGGGACUGACCUCCGACCUCCGACCCCGGGCUGUGCUCCCCGGCGACCUCCGACCCCGCUCCCUGGCAGCCCGCGGCGACCUGCGACCCCCGGGCUGAUCCCCGGUGACCCGAGGCCCCGGGGUUGACCCCUGGUGACCCGUGACCCCCGGGUCGAUCCCCGGCGACCUGCGGCCCUGGGGCUGACCCCCAGCGACCUCUGACCCUUGGGCUGCCCCGUGGGGAUGUGCGACCCCAGAGUUGAUCCCCGGUGAGCCGUGACCCCCAUGGCUGCCCCCCGGUGACCUGCGACCCCCAGGUUGACCCCUGGUAACCUGCGGCCCUGGGGUUGACCCCUGGUGACCUGCGACCCCCGGGCUGAUCCCCGGUGACCUGUGACCCCGGGGCUGACCCCCAGCGACCUCUGAUCCUUGCACUGCCCUCCGGCGACCUGCAACCCCCGGGUUGACCCCCUGUGACCUGCGACCCUGGGGCUGCACCCCGGUGACCUCCGACCCUGUGCGACCCGCGGCGACCUGCAAUCUCUGCCCCAAACCCGUAGCAACCUCCGACCCUGCCCCAGGGCCACCAGCAGCGACCUGCGACCCCUGACCCCCCCCGGCCUUGCGGUGACUCUCGACCCCAGGGCUGACCCCUGACCCCUGGCCUAGACCUACGGUGACCUGGGUCCCCCCAAAGAGGCCCCCUGGGCUGACCCUGGUGACCCUUGACCCUGCCCUGACCUCUGUGGCCAGGGGGGCAGCACAGACACACUACAGGGCCUUGCCCCCCCGCCCCCCCGGGGUAUUUCCCCCCCCCGGGGGUAUCUGCCCUCCUCCACUGGGGUAUUUGCCUCCUCUUGGGGUAUUUGUGCCCCCCCCGGGGUAUUUCCUCCCGUGGGGCAUCUCUUGCACUCCUCUGGGGUAUUUCCCCAGGUUUGGGGGGGCAUUUGCCCCCCACCCAAGGAUAUUUGCUCCCUUCUCUGGGUAAUUUCCCCCUGUUGGGGUAUUUCUGCCCCCUGGGGGUAUUUACCCCCUUUUUGGGUUAUUUGCCCCCUCUCGGGGUAUUUGUUUUCUCCGGGGCAGUUCAGCCCACCGCGGGGGCAAUAAAGGCUGCACGUUCUUA